AUGGCGGAAUAUUUGGCAUCGAUUUAUGGUACAGAGAAAGACAAAGUCAACUGUUCUUUUUAUUUCAAAAUUGGAGCUUGCCGACACGGUGAUCGUUGUAGUCGUAAACAUGUCAAACCGACUUUUUCACAAACUAUCCUCUGUUCCAAUAUUUACCAAAAUCCCGCACAUGACACUAACUGUAAUAUGACGGAGGAACAAAUUCAGGCACACUUUGAUGACUUCUAUGAAGACUUUUUUACAGAACUUUGUAAAUAUGGUGAAGUUGAAGAAAUGCAUGUAUGCGAUAACGUAGGAGAUCACUUGAUCGGAAACGUUUAUGCUAGGUUUAGGUACGAAGAAGACGCUCAAAAAGCGGUUGAUAAUUUGAAUCAAAGAUUUUAUUCAGGGAGACCCAUUUAUGCCGAGCUUUCACCAGUUACAGAUUUUCGUGAAGCGUGUUGUCGUCAAAAUGAAAACGCGGAAUGCACUCGGGGUGGAUUUUGUAAUUUCAUGCAUUUAAAAGAAGUCUCGAGAUACUUAAAGAAAGAACUAUUCGCGGCUCAAAGAAAUUAUUUACGUGAACAGAGAAGAGCGAAUAGAGAAAAAAGUGGCGAUGUGGAUUCUCGCCGUUCAAGAAGUUUAUCGGACGAUCGACACAAGGAAAGAUCCCCUCCUAAAGAAAGAACGGAUAGGUCGAGAGAAAGAGAUCGAAGAAAUUCUCAAACACAUGCUAAGUAG